UCACAUUUUAAACAAUGGCAAAAGCCAUAAGGUUUUUUGCCCUCCUCGUGUUGAUGAUAACCUGCGGAUUUCUUUAUCAAACCUCCAUCAUAAAAACCUUUGCUCGAUUCAAGCCACCCUUUUCUCUAGGAACAGCAGACUCCAGUUCUCACAGUACUUACCUGCCUGACUUCUCACCUAUCAGCCCCAUGGAUAUUCUAAGUAAAGGAAAUGGAAUUAUAUUUAUUGAAACAACAGAUAAAAUGAAGCCACCCUCUUUAGUAUUAUGUGCCAUUGAAUCUGCGGCCCGGGUCUACAAUGACAGACCUGUGGUUUUCUUCAUGAAAGGUUUAACAGACAUAAACAUAAUGAGGGAUGAACGUAAUGCACGCAAGAGUUUCCCAACCCUCUUGCCUUUUCAUAAUGUCUAUUUUUUUCCUCUGCAAAUGGAAACAUUAUUUAAUGGGACACCCCUCAUGCCAUGGUAUAAGAAGGUUAAUCCUAAACUUGAAAAAUACUGGACGCAUGUAAGUUCAGACGGAUGUAGACUGGCGCUCAUUUGGAGACAUGGUGGCAUUUACAUGGAUUCUGACUUUCUAUCAAUGCUGCCCAUCCCGGAUUUGAACUUUCUUGCAGCCAAAUCCUCAGACUUUUCCAGUAAUGGUAUUUUUGGACUAACGACUCACCACGUUUUUGCCUGGAAAGCCAUGGAGAACUUUGUGCAGAAUUAUAAAGGAGCAAUAUGGGGGUACCAAGGUCCAAAACUUUUUACACGCGUUCUAAAACAGUUUUGUCCUGUCCGUCCUCGGUUUAAUUCAUCAGGGGAUGUUAAAUGUGGAAGCAUCUCUUUUUUGAAUGUUAAGAGAUUCUAUCCUAUUCCAUAUGAAUCUUGGAGAAGAUACUAUGAGGUCAACCAAAAUAUGCCAGAGUUUCCUAGUUCUUAUGCCUUGCAUCUCUGGAAUUUUAUGAAUCACGGACAGAAAACAAUGGUUCCUGGAAGUAACACGCUGAUAGAACAUCUGUACAAACAGUAUUGUCCCUCAGUUUAUGAAGCUCUUAAAAGGAAUGAGAGUAUUUAUGGUUAGUUAUUUAAUAGACCUUAGUAACUAUAUGGGUAUAGGGGGAGACCUGUCCAAGUGGAUGAACAUUAGAACUUGCCCUACUCUGGGACUCCUGUAACUACAACCAUUUGCUACAUACAUUAAAUAAUUCCAAGCUUUAACACACACCUAGAAAAUGUAACUGUCUCUCUAAGCCCCCAAU